GAGGAUGGGGGAAAGGGACAGAGUGAGGACCAUUUACAAGUUCAUGAGCUGGGAUUUAUCUACACGUUUAAACUUUAGUUUACCGGCUCCAUGCUUUCACAAUGAAGUACAAGUUUUUUCAGCUCAGUCAAGCAGGGUGAAGGACAUCUGAGAGAAGACACAAGUUCUCGCCAUGAUGGCCUUGCUGGUGCUGCUGCUCCUGACACAGGCAUUUACAGGAAAUGUGCUCGCCCGAUGGUUCGACUGCCGGCGGCCAGGCCAGGGCUGUAGUCAGGGUCGUUCUUGCCAGAGCGACGGGACGUGUGACUGUCUGGACGGCGUGUCCAGCGCCGACUGCCGCUACUCGUCCCCCGGGUAUUAUGAUGGGGGUACCCUGUGCACCGACGACCUGCAGUGUGCGGCAGGCAGCAAAACAUGCUUCAACUCCUCUCUCACACACGUGGCGGAGGCUUGCGCCUGUCAAGAUGGUUUCCAUGGGGACAAGUGCCAGCUUCCACGGGCUGGCAUACAAUGUUGGGGUGACCGGGUGGCAUUGUCUCUGAUACCCAGAAACUUCAUCGGGAAGAUCUACCCGCUGGAAAGCCUUAUGGGAAAUGGAUCGCAAGACACGUGCUACCUCAUGCCCAUCAGACUGCAGGCGACUAACCCGGACCUGGCUGCCUUCAGUUUUGGCUUCGGUCACUCCCGCCUGUUCCAAAACGACCCAAACCCUUGCCUCGCCGAUCCUGUUGCCACAGAACAAUCAGACAAAGUGGUGUACCAGAUGAAGUACCUCAUACAGUACAACGACAACUACUUGGCCAAUUACGACGAAGUUAUCACCGUGGAAUGUCACGUGGCCAAGUUUCCCACUGGUCCGAUAACGAUGACAGUUGACCUUGAUCCAGCUCAUUUUAGCAUGCUCCUUCAGCAUCACCGACACGAACAGUCGAUUGAGAACUUCAACAUGGUCGUCACCUACGACAACGGAACCCUCGUGGGCAGUGACGAUCUGCUUCCGAUUGGCACGUCACUGGUGGCCAACGUUUCGCUGACGGACCAUAGCAGUAAGGACGUCACUGACCGGCGCUCAGUGCUCGUGCAUUUACACCCAGAGUACCUCUUGGAUCUGUUUAUCAACGAAUGUGAUAUUCGCCCUGCAGAAGAUGAUUCUCAGAACGCAAUCAUUAUAUACAAAGAUGGGUGUGUUAUCCAAAGAUACGGACUGGACGCUGGAGACCCCAGUAUUCGCGGGUAUUUCUGGGUCAAGUUUCUGCUACCCAGGUUUCCUCAGUCUCCAAAUUUGGUGUUGUCGUGUGCUGUGGUCGGCUGUGAGACUAGUGCCAGUUGCCAGCAGAAGGCGAGGGGAUGUGUGACAUCGAGGACACGAAGAGAGGAGGAGCGGUUCCCGGUCCAGCCAGAGACGAGAGAGAAACAACGACUUUCGUGGCUUCUAAGAGUUGAGAGUGAUCUGCCCAUGACAGGAAGCUAAAGACGACCACGUGCCCGCCAGUGACCGGGAGUUGUCGGCCCUGAUCAUCUCCGCGUGCGUGUUUGUUAUCGCUUCUGUCGUCAGCCUCGUCGUUUGUGCGAUCCUUCUUGUGUGGUCCAAAUGGGUGAGCGCCUGCUUUAGAGGAAGGAACACCGAUAAAUGGGGACGUUAAUAAAUGAAAACAACUGACAGGUAGUCGCCUGCAUUGUACAUCUUCUUGAUUUGUCCGGAUCGGCAUCAGUGGUACAAUUUCUUAAAAUCUCUAAAUAAAUU